GGAAAAAGAGAAGCAGAGGGAGGAGUUGCUGCUGCUGUCUCCACUUCUCCCGCCGCUGCUAAUGUAACUUCUUUCAGUAUCUGAGCUUGGAGCCUGCGUGCGUGGAUUUAUUGCUGCCACGGUCAGUGUAGCUCCAGAGAUUUAAUCAUAGGACAGAAAAAACAGUUUUUGGCCAGGGCUGAGUUUGAACCCGCCAUCUCCGGCAUAUGGGGCCAGUACCCUACUCCGUUGAGCCACAGACGCCGCCCUGUAAAUUGAAUUUUUAUAAAUCACAUCAGCUCCUUCAAUCAGUAAAUGUUUAUGGAAUGUAAAGAAGAAAUCAAUAUGGAUCCAAGUAUGGGUGUGAAUUCUGUUACCAUCACUGUGGAUGGGAUGACUUGCAAUUCCUGUGUUUGGACAAUUGAGCAACAAAUUGGAAAAGUGAAUGGUGUACAUCACAUUAAAGUUUCACUGGAAGAAAAAAAUGCAACUAUUAUUUAUGACCCUAAACUACAGACCCCAAAGACCCUGCAGGAAGCUAUUGAUGACAUGGGCUUUGAUGCUAUUCUCCAUAAUCCUAACCCCCUCCCUGUCUUAACUGACACCUUGUUUCUGACUGUUACUGCUUCACUGGCUCCGCCAUGGGAGCAUAUCCAAAGCAUAUUGCUCAAGACCAGGGGUGUGACAGACAUUAAAAUUUCUCCUCAGCAAAGAACUGCAGUAGUGACAAUAAUCCCUUCUGUAGUGAAUGCCAGUCAGAUAAUAGAGCUGGUUCCAGAUCUCAGUUUAGAUAUUGGAACACUAGAGAAAAAGUCAGGAAGUUGUGAAGAUCAUAGUAUGGCUCAAGCAGGUGAAGUCAUGCUGAAGAUGAAAGUGGAAGGGAUGACCUGCCAUUCAUGCACUAGCACCAUUGAAGGAAAAAUUGGGAAACUGCAAGGUGUUCAGCGAAUUAAAGUCUCCCUAGACAACCAAGAAGCUACUAUUGUUUAUCAACCUCAUCUUAUCACCAUAGAGGAAAUAAAAAAGCAGAUUGAAGCUGUGGGCUUUCCAGCAUUCAUCAAAAAACAGCCCAAGUACCUCAAAUUGGGAGCUAUCGACAUAGAGCGUCUGAAGAACACACCAGUCAAAUUCUCAGAAGGAUCACAGCAAAGGAGUGUAUCAUAUAUUAAUGAUUCAACAGCCACUUUCAUCAUAGAUGGCAUGCAUUGUAAAUCAUGUGUGUCGCGUAUUGAAAUUGCUUUAUCUACCCUCCAGUAUGUAAGCAACAUAGUAGUUUCUUUAGAGAAUAGGUCUGCCAUUGUAAAAUACAAUGCAAACUUAGUCACUCCAGAAACCCUGAGAAAAGCAAUAGAGACCAUAUCACCAGGGCAAUAUAGAGUUAGUAUUGCAAGUGAAGUUGGGAGUACCUUGAGCUCUCCCUGUAGUUCAUCUCUUCAAAAGAUUCCUCUGGACAUAGUUAUCCAGCCUUUGACACAAGAAACCAUGAUAAACAUUGAUGGCAUGACUUGUAGUUCUUGUGUGCAGUCUAUUGAGGGUGUCAUAUCAAAAAAGGCAGGUGUAAAAUCCAUACGAGUCUCCCUUGCAAAUAGCAGUGGGACUGUUGAGUAUGAUCCUCUACUCACCUCUCCAGAAACCUUGAGAGAAGCAAUAGAAGACAUGGGAUUUGAUGCUACCUUGUCAGACACAAAUGAGCCAUUGGUGGUAACAGCUCAGCCCUCACUGGAAAUGCCACUUUUGACUUCAACUAAUGAAUGUCAUCCUAAAAUGAUAACACCAGUUCAUGACAAGGACAAAGAGAAGACUUCGUCCAAGUGUUACAUACAGGUCACUGGCAUGACUUGCGCUUCCUGUGUAGCAAACAUUGAACGGAAUCUAAGACGAGAAGAAGGAAUAUAUUCCAUACUUGUGGCACUGAUGGCUGGCAAGGCAGAAGUAAGGUAUAAUCCUACUGUUAUACAACCCCCGAUAAUAGCAGAGUUCAUCCGAGAGCUUGGAUUUGGAGCUGUUGUGAUAGAAAAUGCUGAUGAAGAGGAUGGUGUUUUAGAACUUGUUGUGAGAGGAAUGACUUGUGCCUCUUGUGUACAUAAAAUAGAGUCUACUCUUACAAAACACCGAGGUAUCUUUUAUUGCUCUGUGGCUCUGGCAACCAACAAAGCACAUAUUAAAUAUGAUCCAGAAAUUAUUGGUCCCAGAAAUAUUAUCCAUACAAUUGAAAGCCUAGGUUUUGAAGCUUCUUUAGUCAAGAAGGAUCGGUCAGCAAGUCACCUAGACCAUAAACGAGAAAUAAGACAAUGGAGACGGUCCUUUCUUGUAAGCCUUUUUUUCUGUAUUCCUGUUAUGGGGUUGAUGAUAUAUAUGAUGAUUAUGGACCAUCACCUUACAACUCUUCACCAUAAUCAGAACAUGAGUAAAGAAGAAAUGAUCAGCAUUCAUUCUUCCAUGUUUCUGGAGCGCCAGAUCCUGCCAGGAUUGUCCAUUAUGAAUUUGCUGUCCUUUUUAUUGUGUGUACCUGUACAGUUUUUUGGAGGAUGGUACUUCUACAUUCAGGCUUACAAAGCACUGAAGCAUAAAACAGCAAAUAUGGAUGUACUGAUUGUGCUGGCAACCACCAUUGCAUUUGCCUACUCCUUGGUUAUUCUCCUGGUUGCAGUAUAUGAGAGAGCCAAAGUGAACCCUAUUACUUUCUUUGAUACACCUCCUAUGCUAUUUGUGUUUAUUGCACUAGGGCGAUGGCUGGAACAUAUAGCAAAGGGCAAAACAUCAGAGGCUCUUGCAAAGCUAAUUUCACUACAAGCUACAGAAGCAACUAUUGUAACUCUUGAUUCUGAUAAUAUCCUCCUGAGUGAAGAACAAGUGGAUGUGGAACUUGUACAACGUGGAGACAUCAUUAAGGUGGUUCCAGGAGGCAAAUUUCCAGUGGAUGGUCGUGUUAUUGAAGGACAUUCUAUGGUAGAUGAAUCCCUCAUCACAGGGGAGGCGAUGCCUGUAGCUAAAAAACCUGGCAGCACAGUGAUUUCUGGUUCCAUUAACCAGAAUGGGUCACUUCUUAUCCGAGCAACCCAUGUUGGAGCAGACACAACCCUUUCUCAAAUUGUCAAACUUGUGGAAGAGGCACAAACAUCAAAGGCUCCUAUCCAACAAUUUGCAGACAAACUUAGCAGCUACUUUGUGCCUUUUAUUGUUUUUGUUUCCAUUGCUACCCUCUUGGUAUGGAUUAUAAUUGGAUUUCUGAAUUUUGAAAUUGUGGAAACCUACUUUCCUGGCUACAAUAGAAGUAUCUCCCGAACAGAAACAGUAAUACGCUUUGCUUUCCAAGCUUCUAUCACAGUUCUGUGUAUUGCAUGCCCCUGUUCACUGGGCCUGGCCACUCCAACUGCUGUGAUGGUGGGUACAGGAGUAGGUGCUCAAAAUGGCAUACUAAUCAAAGGUGGAGAGCCAUUGGAGAUGGCUCAUAAGGUAAAGGUAGUGGUAUUUGAUAAGACUGGAACCAUUACUCAUGGCACCCCGGUAGUGAAUGAAGUAAAGAUUCUGGUGGAAAGUAACAGAAUAUCACGUAAUAAGAUCCUGGCGAUUGUGGGAACUGCUGAAAGUAACAGUGAACACCCUCUAGGAGCAGCUAUAACCAAAUACUGCAGACAGGAGCUGAACACUGAAACCUUGGGUACCUGCAUAGAUUUCCAGGUUGUUCCAGGCUGUGGUAUUAGCUGUAAAGUCACCAAUAUUGAAGGCUUGCUACAUAAGAAUAACUGCAAGAUAGAGGAGAAUAAUAUUAAAAAUGCAUCCCUGCUUCAAAUAGAUGCAAGUAAUGAACAGUCAUCAACUUCGUCUUCCAUGAUUAUUGAUGCCCAGCUCUCAAAUGCUGUUAAUGUUCAGCAGUACAAAGUCCUCAUUGGUAACCGGGAGUGGAUGAUUAGAAAUGGUCUCAUCGUUAAUAAUGAUGUAGAUGAUUCCAUGACUGAACAUGAGAGAAAAGGUUGGACUGCUGUAUUGGUGGCAGUUGAUGAUGAGCUGUGUGGCCUGAUAGCCAUUGCUGACACAGUGAAGCCUGAAGCAGAACUGGCUGUCCAUAUUCUGAAAUCUAUGGGCUUAGAAGUAGUUCUCAUGACUGGAGACAACAGUAAAACAGCUAGAUCUAUUGCUUCUCAGGUUGGCAUUGCUAAAGUAUUUGCUGAAGUUCUACCUUCCCACAAGGUUGCCAAGGUGAAGCAGCUUCAAGAUGAGGGAAAACGGGUAGCAAUGGUGGGAGAUGGAAUCAAUGACUCCCCAGCCCUGGCAAUGGCUAAUGUUGGGAUUGCCAUUGGCACAGGCACAGAUGUAGCCAUUGAAGCAGCUGAUGUAGUUUUGAUAAGGAAUGAUCUUCUGGAUGUAGUAGCAAGUAUUGACUUAUCGAGGAAAACAGUCAAGAGGAUUCGGAUAAAUUUUGUCUUUGCUCUAAUUUAUAAUCUGAUUGGAAUUCCCAUAGCUGCUGGAGUUUUUAUGCCCAUUGGUUUGGUUUUGCAGCCCUGGAUGGGAUCUGCAGCAAUGGCUGCUUCAUCUGUUUCUGUAGUACUUUCUUCUCUCUUCCUUAAACUUUAUAGGAAACCAACAUAUGAGAAUUAUAAACUGCAUGCCUGGAGCCAUAUAGGACAGAAGAGUCCUUCAGAAAUCAGCAUUCAUGUUGGAAUAGAUGGCACUUCAAGAAAUUCUCCUAAAUUGGGUGUGCUGGAUCGGAUUGUUAAUUACAGCAGAGCCUCCAUAAACUCACUACUAUCUGAUAAACGUUCCCUAAGCAGCGUUGUUACCAGUGAACCUGACAAGCACUCACUUCUGGUGGGAGACUUCAGGGAAGAUGAUGACACUGCCUUGUAAAAGGCUACAGAGAAUGCUACAACUUUAAUUUGUCAUGCAUUGACACAGCAUUCAUGAUGUCACGUUUGCUUUUCAAAAUAUUGUGGAAAGAUUUUAUUUUGGUCUCAUGCUCUUAUACUACAUAUUAGGGGUUCUAUUUGAGUUGCAUUUGUCUGGUGGCAAAAAUAUAUUUUUUAGGGUAUUGAACUUAGCUUUAUUUAAACCAAAUUUCCAGUAUUUUUUGUUUUCAGUAGCAACAAAUAAGGAGACCCCAUAAAAGCCCAAGAAAAAGAUAAUUUAAAAAAUUGAAGAUUUGAGAGCAUGACCUUGAAGAUAUUUUUGAGCCUGCAUCCCUCCCCCAUUGGGUUAAUGACUUUCAAAUCACUGUGUAUACAGAAUCUAGUGUUAGAAGGUAAACAGUUAAUACUGUUUAAAAAUAGAUGUGCCUUAUUUAUUGUAGGCUCCCCCACCCCACUUACUUUACCUGUAUCUUUGUCCUUGCAUUUCUUUCUUAGAUGUUCCAGUAUGUUUUCUUCUGUUAUUUUCUUGUGAGUGAGCUAAGUUUAGUUGGUAUUUCAUUGAUAAAAAUAAUUGAUAACCUUUUCCAUAUCUUGCUCCUUUUUAAAUUUUGUAGCUCAGAAGACCUUAAGACCCUGUAGUGUGCCCUGCCUGUCAUGUUUUCAUUGCUGUAAAAAAUGUAUAAAAUUAUUCCUUCAACUUCCCCAGCUCUGUGCUAGCUUUCAGUUCGCUCCUGAUGAGUUCAACUCUAAGUUUUUCGCAGUGUUGUUUAUUAGUCUCUGUCAAGAAACUUAAAAUUUUGAGCUUCUUCUGCUCAAACAUUUUUAAAGAUUAACACUAUUAUCUCUAGCAUAUAUGGGUUUUAUAGAAUUACCUGGAUUAACUGAAUUUUUGAUUGAAUAUAAUCACUUUGCUAGUAUAUGUAAUUCAAUAGAUUUUAAUUAUCUUUUAAUUUUAAAGUCUCAAAAUGACUUUAAAAUAAUGCUAUUACACAAAUACGCUUAUACCAAAAAAUAUAGUAAAUUGUAAUACUGAAAUUAGAAUUUCUCUAGGUUAUUAUGCUUUUUAACCAAAUAUGUACUUUUCUCUAAUUUAAAACGUUUGCAUUUGCCUAGUUAGUGUGAUUAGAAAAUUCAGGAACUUGUUCCUAUUCCCAUAUAGGUUUAAAAAUUUCCUUUGAGUGCCUGGGAGGUAAUAAACUGAUCAGAGAUCGGGUACUGGUAUGAGUUAAUUUCCUUGUUAAUUGUAACAUCGAUUUCAUGCAAGAAUAUAUAAAUGAAGAGGACUCAUAAAUAAAUUACUGACAUUUUGUUAUCAUUGCAAAAGCAAAGCUGCUAGGGCGAUAGCUGGCACAAAGGAUUUGUACUCAGUAAUUGUUAGUUCUUUUAUACUUAGUAAAUGUUCUUUGAAGUCAGUAAUAAAUAUAAAAAUAAUUUUCAUAAAAGAGAGUCUAAAAUCAGGUGGAGAUGGAGAAUGGAGUUCCUCCUCUACUACCACCUUUCUCUUUUAUCGUUUCAUAUAUUUAUACACACAUAAACACACACACACACACACAGUUUACAGCAUUAUUCCAUGCUGUCUUUCCAGAUUUGGAAAAGAUGUAAUUUAUGUCUCUAAUAUAAUAAAGGGAGAAUUGAAUCUUUGAUGAAGGUGCUAUUAAUAUAGCUAGGCAAACCCAUUUUAAUGAAAUAUGAUUUGUGUAUCUGGACCCCUUUUUAGAUCAAUGCCUAUGCCCUAUGCUAUCUUCGAUGCUUCCAGUUUGAGUUUUAAUACUUAUUUCUUAUUUUAAUUCUAUUAGCCCGUCAUUACAUAACUUAUUUCUUCUGAAACAGAUGGUAUGACAUAUUUAAUAGAUUUUUCUGACUCUAGAGCCAAAUUGAAUUAAAGAAACACUUUUCUUCCUUCUCUCCCCUCCACCUCUUUCUCUCUCAGUUACUACUUUUAUAUUAUGAGUGUGUUUGAGUUACUACUCAUACCAGUUACUACUUUUAUUAUUAUGAGUGUGUUUGAGUCAUGCUCUUGGCCCCACAUUCAGGAGGCCAGUGGGAGUAGCAACUUAUAGUCUGGGAGUAAUCAAGGACAUAAUUUCAGCUGUUACAAGAACAGAAAACAUGCUGUUUAGAAAGAGUCCUGCUCUAAGAAUAUGUACCCGCAUUUGAAUUCACCACAAGUCUCUUGCAAUCUUGAAUUUCUAUUAGCUUCAGAGGGACAGAGAGAUGAUUUAUGGAGGGGAUCACAAACUUGCUUUCAUUUCAUAAUUAGCUUUAAGUGACUAUUACUAGUGAGAACAAAUUUUUAUAAAUGUGUGUUUAUGAUAUGUUUCUUCACAUAAUGUGCAUAUACACAUGUAUGUAUAUACACAUUUACACAUAUUACUAUAGAGAUAGGAAAUGGAUUUAUAUUUGAAUUUGAUCUUUGAAUAUUUGAAGUUUGUGUUUCCUUUAUCACUUUUCUGUAUUCACUCAGCAACCAUGCUCUUAGUCUAAAGAUAACAAGGACAUUUUGAUAUCCAGUACUGGUUCAGACUCACCUAUGGGGCAUCUUUAACUUAAAUAUCCAAAGAUGGCUUUUGAAUUUCAAAGAUUAAAACACAAUUAGACUAUAUUUAUUGGUAUAGCCUAAACAAGUAUUGUUGUCAGUUGUGGAAAUAGGAAUGUUAUUUUUUCCUAGUUUAGUAUCAUAUUUUAAAAUGUUAAAUUUGAAGCCUUUUGAAUAAUUUUAUAUUGUGAUUUAAAUUUUUUAAAAAAUCAUUCUUGAUUUAGACAUACAGAAUGCUUAUCACUGUAGACAAGAUGUUUCCAAAAUUUUAAAUGUGCAUAUUUUUUCUGUAUACAGCUUAAAAUAAAAAAAAAUGUAUGUUAGAGAAUAUUUUCCAUUACUUGUGGAUCUUGCUUUAAAGUGAUUUUCUUAAUAUUUAUUUUACUCUUUUAUUUUAUUUGGGUGAGGCAUCUGGUUAUUGGUUAUUUUAAAAAGAAUAAAGACAUUCCUAGAAUCA